UUGUCACUUGGGCAAGUGAUCAAGUAGAGUGAGUUGUAGUUGUUUUCAAGUAGUGAGCCAGCGAAGAUGAUGUGCAAAAUGAGAGCUUGCAUUGCUGCCUUGUUGGUCAUUUUAAUAGCUUCAAAUGGUUUUCUAGGCGGUGUUGAUGCGGCAGGAGAGUGUGGGAAAACUCCAAUUGGGUCUGCGGCGGCGAGCUUGAGCCCUUGCUUGACAGCAGCCGGGAAUGUGAGAGCUAGCGUGCCUCCUGCUUGCUGUGCCAAAGUUGGUGCCUUGAUUAACACUGCCCCCAAAUGUCUUUGCGCUGUUUUGUUGUCACCUUUGGCAAAACAAGCUGGAAUCAAGCCUGGAAUUGCUAUCACAAUUCCCAAGCGAUGCAACAUUAAGAAUAGACCCGCUGGAAAGAAGUGUGGAAGUUACACUGUCCCAUGAGACUCCAAUUGAUAGAGGAGAAUAAAAGCUGAGGAGAGAAGAAAAUCCCAUUCCCAUGUGAGAGUUGAGCUUGGAGUGUGUGUUUGUUAAAUAAGAGUUGCCAUUAAGGGUGCAGUUGUGCUUCACAAUGGCAGCAGUUGGUGUGACAAUGCUUUGCUGUUGUUAUGAGUAGAAGUUUAUUGCUAUGCCUUAUUUGCUUCUUUUUGUUGCUUGG